UUCAUAAAAACUCCAAAAGUCCAUUAUAAUUCUUUUCAUUAUCUUUUGCUCUAUCUAUAAAUGGCGCUAGGCAACAAGCCCUUUUGGAUGUACAAAUGCUCCAUUAGAUAGGUUACUGUGACCUCUCUCUGUCUCUCUCUCUCUCUCUCUCUCUCUCUCUCUCUCUCUCUCCGACUCUCUCCCUCUAUUUUUGGGUAAGAUGUCAAUCUUCUUGUUAAGGCUCACGCUUGUUGCUCUUCUUGUCAUGUCAAUAGCUCCUUUAAAAUCAGAUGGGGAACUGGAGCAAUGGUGUAUAGCAGAUGAGCAGACCCCUGAUGAAGAACUGCAAAUGGCUUUAGAUUGGGCAUGUGGAAGAGGAGGUGCAGAUUGUAGUAUGAUUCAAGUUAAUAAACCUUGCUAUUUCCCUAACACCGUUAGAGCCCAUGCUUCUUUUGCUUUCAAUAGCUACUUCCAAAAAUUCAAACACAAUGGUGGAUCUUGCUAUUUCAGAGGAGCUGCCAUUUCCACUGAACUUGAUCCCAGUCAUGAUUCUUGCCACUAUGAGUUCAUUCCCUGAUGCAAAGGCAAAGAGAAGAAUAAACAUCAAGGUUGUGAUUUUGAUUUUUCUGAAAUUUUAUUAUGAUUUCUUUAUUUACUGUAGUAGUACUACAGGCAGCAGGAUUGGAUUCUCUCAUGUUAGCAAGUAUUUUCAAUUUCUUCAAGACAAAUUUAUUUUCAAUAAAUAGCAAUUGUUAUUAUAUGACCACAAA